AUGCAAAACAGGAUAAAUGCACAAAAAAAGAUAAAUGUAGAAAUCCGCAUAAAACCAAGUAUAGAGUCAUCACUAGAUACCACAAAUACUUCUCUACAAGUAGGUACUAAAAAGUACCAUUUUAAUAAAGUGCAUAUUACUACCACACAAAAACAAUUAUUUGAUUAUAGUGUUAUGCCUUUAAUAAGUCAAUUUCUAGAUGGUUACAAUUGUACUGUACUAGCAUAUGGACAGACAGGUUCUGGUAAAACUUACACUAUGGGAAUAAGUCAUGAUGAUACAUCUGGUAUAGUCCCACAAACUCUAGGAUAUCUUUUUAGUAAGGAUUGUACACUGACUUGUACUUUUAUAGAAGUUUACAAUGAAGAAGUAAUAGAUCUUCUUACUGAGCACAAAGUGCCAUUAAAUUUAAGAGACAAUAAAGGGGAUGUUAUUGUAGCAGGUGUACGAGAAAUAUCCCUAAAUAAUAUUAAUGAAUCAUUAGAAAUAUUAAAAAAAGGAUGUUUAGAAAGAACUACAAAAAGUACAAAAAUGAAUUCUCAGUCUUCUAGAUCGCACGCCAUUUUUACAAUAUUUUUUACAAAAAAUAAUAUAACUUCUAAAUUUUCAUUUGUAGAUCUCGCAGGAUCAGAAAGAUUAAAACGAACAUUGUGUACAGGAGACAGGGCUAGAGAAUCAAUAUCCAUUAAUGGAGGACUACUUGCAUUGGGGAAUGUUAUAUCGGCCUUGUAUCUAAAAAAGCCACAUAUACCAUUUAGGGAUAGUAAACUUACGAGGAUUUUACAGUCCUGCCUUAAUGGGCAUGUUUUAAUGAUAGCAUGUGUCAGUUCUUUACACACAGAUAUUAAUGAAACGAAUAAUACAUUAAAAUAUGCUAAUAGAACAGCCUCUAUAUCAAUGACAGUCAAAAGAAAUGUAGAAAUAGAUGUAUCAAAAUAUGAAUUAAUUAAAUUAAAAAAACAGAUUAUAACACUUACAAAUGAAAAUCAGAUUUUAAAAGAGCGAAUUAAAAAAGUCAAUUAUGCGAAUGUUGAAGAGCUUAUUAAAGAAAAUCGACGACUUAAAAAUAUGAUUGAUAAUGAAAUUAGUAAUCGAGAAAAUAGUAAUAAGAGUGAAGAUUUAGCACAAGUGAUAGUUAAACAUCCAUUUGUACAAAAUUUAAUGAAUGAAAAUGAACAACUUAGAUGUAAAUUGUUAGAGCAAGAAAAUUGUAAAUUAAAAUUUAAUGAUGUAUUUAAAGAAAAUAAUGUACAAGAUAAUUUAGAAAAGGUACAAAAUGUAAAUGAAAGUAAUAGUUUAGUCAGUAAUUUACAAGAUAAUUAUGUAGAAGAUAAUUGUAUUGUCAAUAAAACAUUAAGAAACAAUAUUCAACACGAUAUUUUAAAUAAAAGUAAAAAUGAUACAAUAAAUAAAAAAGAUGAUAUAAUAAAUAAAAGUAAAAAUGAUACAAUAAAUAGCGAAAAAGAUGAUAUAAUAAAUAAAAGUAAAAAUGAUCAAAUAAAUAAAAAAAAUGAUAUAUUAAAAUCAAAAAAUAGUGAAAAAGAUGACAUAUUAAAUAAAAGUCCUAAAUCUAAUAUGAUAUCAUGGUGUGAUAAUAAAAACAUUAACAAUGUCUCUAAGAUACCUAAACGUGUUACAUUCGAUAUAAGUCCUCCUAAGAAGAAAAGUUCUUUAUGGACACCAAGAAAAGAGAGAGUGCUAAUGGAUACAUCUGUCAUAGACAAGUUUACAGGGUACAUAGCCCACAAUAUGGUAAUAUAUCAAAAUAAGCUUGUUUUUUCAUCAUUCGACAAUAAGCUAAGAAUAAAAGAUCCAAAUGGGGAUGUUUAUGACUUAUUUACAGAUACAGGAAUUAAAUGUAUUUACAGUGAUGAUCUUAUUUAUUAUUCCACCAGAAUGAUUUUAAAACAAGGAGAUCCUCGAUCUAAAACUGUCAUGCCUGUGUAUGCCUAUAAAAAUGAAAUAAGUUGUAUUUUUAAGAAUGAAUAUAUUAUUUUUACAGGACAUGAAGAUGGCACCCUUAGUUGUGUAGAUUUAAGAAAUAUAAGUUUACAAAGUGAUAAAAUUCAUUCUAGUACCAUUUUUACAAUGGAACUUCUUAAUAAUGUUUUGUAUACUGGCAGUAGAGAUCACACUAUAAAAGGAAAUGUAUUUAACAUAAAUCAAUCAGUAAAUAAUAAUUUUAUAAAUAGAAAGACUUUAUAUCCACCACAUUAUGAUGCAGUACAUUCUCUUUUAAAUUAUAAAGGAGAUCUAAUAAGCCUUAGUAGAGACUGCUCUCUAAAAAGAUGGAGAGAUGGAUUAAUAAUUAAAACAGUGCCUAAUGCACACUCUUCGUGGAUAAAAUGUGGUACGUCAUUACAGGAUUGUUUUGUUACUGGAUCCAAAAAUGGUACCUUAAGAUUUUGGGAUUAUUGUGAAGAUAGUGUGUUUUGUGUAGGAAGUUAUAAAACAGGGCAAAUUAACUGUAUGGUGAAAUGGAAUGAAGGAGUUUUUGUAGGAUCACAGAAUAAAGAAAUAGUAUAUCUUAUAAGUAAAUAUAAAACUUAA